GGCAAUGGGUUGCCUUGUCUUCCAUUUCACUAUAGCAGCUUACAGUGUACCACCACGACAAACACAAAACCAGGUUGAAAACAAGGGGCUCUGUGCUUGUAUGAGGAGAGUCCUAGUGAGGCACUGGAACGAAGUACUCGCUGAUUAUAGCUUGAGGAAAGGAUGUCUUGUCCCAGUUCAGUCCUAUUUGUUGUGUUCUGUGGAGAUGAGGUGACCUGAUCUCUUUUAAGGCUGAGGUGGGACAUAGAUGCAAGACUACACUGCAAAAGGGAUUCUAAUUUUUAUCCCAACCUAAUAUACUUCACAGGUGAGGUAUGUUACAUCCAUGACUAUAUGGUAUGCAGUCAGGAUAUACUUUUACAGUGUUAUUGCUGAAAUAAUGUUCUUUUUAUUUUAAGGUUAUAAAAUAACUGCGGUGGCCAGGUGUCAUGGUUUAACCCCAGGCAGCCACUCGCUAAACACCACGCAGCCGCUCGCUCACUACCCCCAUGUUGGGAUGAGGGAGAGAACUGAAGAGUAAAAGUGAGAAAACUCGUUUCUAAAGACAGUACAAUAGGUAAAGCAAAAGCCAUGCACACAAGCAAAGCAAAACAAGGAGUUCAUUCACCACUUCCCAUCACAGGCAGAUGUUCCGCCAUCUCCAGGAAAGCAGGGCUCCAUCACACAUAAUGGUUGUUUGGGAAGGCAAGUGCCAUACUUCCAAACAUUCCCCCUUUCCUCCUUCUUCCCCCCAGUUUUAUGUGCUGAGCGUGUCAUACGGUAUGGGACAUCCCUUGGGUCCGUUGGGGUCAGCUGUCCCAGCUGUGUCCCCUCCCAACUCCUUGUGCACCCCCAGCCUACUCACUGGUGGGGUGGUGUGAGGAGCAGAAAAGGCCUUGCCUCUGUGUAAGCACUGCUCAGCGAGAACUAAAACAUCCCUCUAUUAUCAACAGUUUACAGCACAGAUCCAAAACCUAGCCCCACACCAGCUACUGUGAAGAAAAUUAACUCUACCCCAGCCAAAACCAGGGGAUGAUCUAGAAUACAGAACAUCUUUGGACUUAGAUAUGAAUGAUUGUCCUGUUUAAACCUUUCUUUUAUAUUGAAAAAAAUCUCCAGCUGUGAUGGGGAAAAUCUCUGUGUCCUUCUCUGUAUUUUUAAAUACCACAGAUCAUCUCUAGAUACCAAGUAUCCCUGUCUCCUGAUUUAAUAAAUUCAUACAAAACCUCUCAGUACCUUUUCUGCUGGUAAAGGUGUCUCAUAGUUGGAAAAACCUGGUCAUACACCAGACAGUCUGCUCCACGAGUCCUCACUGCUCCAUACCGUUUGAAGAAACCAACCUAGUUCAUAUGAUGUAUUUGGUGCACACUCUCAAUUCUCGCAAGGCAAUGCCAAUAGCUGCAUCUUAAUCCCUUACUCUGUAUUCAUUAGCUACUGGCAGCAAAAGCUGUUCUGACAAUGCUGAACUUCAGCCAUAAAUUACUCCUGUCCUUGAUCUUUCUUCUAGAUAUAUGCACUGUAUCUGCCAGCCAGAACAUUUAAUAAACAAGAAGUGGCACUUGUUUUGGGGAACUUGGACAGUUCAGUUCGGUCUGGAUGUUGUUUACAUUGUGCCGACUUCUCAAACCUCUUCAUUCGUGUUUUAACCUGGCAACAGCCUUCUGCCAUUGGGCUGGUUUUUUAACCCGCAUCUAACCUCCCUUUCAAUCUCUCUACUCCCCGGAUAGCUUUUCUUCCCUUCUGGCUUUCUUGUCAUUGCAUUCUUCGUUUCUGUUACUUGGGUUACGCAAGUUAUUCCUGGCUGUACGCGUAACGGGAGCAGGCGCCAGCGCAGGGAAGCUGUGGGUAUCUUGCGGCUGCGCCUCAGCCCUAACCACAGCGAGCGCGGCCUCCCCAUAGCGCCCUCCGGGGGCCUGGCCCCAGCCGCGGACGCUCGGGCGGCAGCAAAGCUUAGCCAGAGCCCAGGGGGCGGCCGUCGAUCCAAGAUGAACCCGCACAGCACGGGGUGCCGGGGGGAGCGGAGUCCAACGCGGCUCUGACCGGCCGCUGACCGGGAGGGCGCACGCCCCGUUUGCCCCGGAGCGCGGCCGCCUCCUCCGCCACCGGAGCGGGACCCACGGCCAUUUUCUGUCGCCGCUGCCUCGGUGGGAGAAGGAAGCCACGCCAGUGCCCUACGCGGGCUCCGGGCUAGCGAGCAACAGCCCGCACCGCCGGCCACGCAGCACCCCCAGCACCACUGCCCGAGCCCCCGGGGGCAGGCCCCGCGGCGGCCUCCCAGGGGCGGGGAGGCACCAGGCGCCCGCCGUUGGUGGGUUUGAACUGCCGGGCGCUGCCCCUCACCGCCCCGGGGGCGGGCUGGCGGGAGGGAGGCGCGCCGCCGGCCGGCAGGGGCGCUGCUGGCGGAGGGGCGGGGUGGAGCGAGGCGAAGCGGCGCGGCGGCGGCUGCCAUUUCCCGCUGCCAUUCCUCGGCUGCGCGGCCGCCUCCUCCCCCUCCGCCUCUUCCUGGCCGCGGCGAGAGGAGCUGUGCUGGCAGCGGGGAGGCGGCGGCGGCGCCCAGCUCCCUGCCCGCCAUGGCGAUCCGCAAGAAGAGCAACAAGAACCCGCCGGUGCUGAGCCACGAGUUCAUCGUGCAGAACCAUGCGGACAUCGUGUCCUGCGUGGCCGUGAUCUUCCUGCUGGGGCUCAUGUUCGAGAUUACAGCAAAAGCAGCUGUCAUUUUUGUUACACUUCAGUAUAAUGUUACCAUUCCUGCCACAGAAGAACAAUCUGCAGAAACAAUCUCUCUCUAUCACUAUGGCAUCAAAGACUUGGCUACAAUUUUCUUUUACAUGCUUGUAGCAAUAAUCAUACAUGCUAUAAUUCAGGAGUACGUACUGGAUAAAAUUAAUAGGAAAAUGCACUUUUCAAAAACGAAGCAUAGCAAGUUCAAUGAGUCUGGGCAACUUAGUGCAUUCUACCUUUUCUCCUGUGUUUGGGGAACAAGUAUUCUUGUCUCUGAGAAUUAUAUAUCAGAUCCAACCUCUCUGUGGAGGGACUAUCCACACACUCUGAUUCCGUUUCAAAUGAAGUUUUUCUACAUCUUACAGUUGGCAUACUGGUUUCAUGCUUUUCCAGAACUGUACUUCCAGAAAACUAAAAAAGAGGAUAUCUUUCGCCAGAUUGUCUACAUUGGACUUUAUCUCUUUCAUAUUGCUGGAGCCUAUCUCCUGAAUCUGACCCAUCUUGGACUUGUUCUUCUGGUAUUGCAUUACUUCGUUGAAUUUCUUUUCCACAUAUCCCGUCUUUUUUACUUCAGUGAUGAAAAAUACCAGAAAGGAUUUUCACUCUGGGCAGUUCUCUUUGUUUUGGGAAGGCUUCUCACCUUGAUUCUCUCGGUCCUCACUUUUGGCUUUGGACUGGCAAGAGCAGAAGAUCAGCAGCUGAAUUUCAGUACUGGAAACUUUAAUAUCCUGGCCGUUAGAAUCAGUGUGCUGGCCUCCAUCUGCAUGACUCAAGCAUUUAUGAUGUGGAAGUUCAUUAAUUUCCAGCUUCGGAGGUGGAGAGAGCAUUCUUCUCAGCCUCAGUCAGUGAAAAAGAAGUUUGUAACAGCUAAAGGAAAGAACUCCAGAAAAGAAAGAGAAAAUGGAAUAAAUGGAACAGUGACCUCAAAUGGAGCAGACUCGCCUCGUAGCAGGAAGGAUAAAUCCUCGUAAAACUGGGUUUUAUUAAGUUAACUGACUAAUGUCCCCAAAGAAUCUGCUUUUUACAUGGAUGGCCCUUCAGCACUAGAGAUGUUAUGGAUUAAAGAAAAUACAAUUCAUGUUUUUUGAUUAUUGCUGUUGUUUUGAGAAACUUUUUUUAAAAGCCAUUUUGACUAAGGAAAAAGGUUUAUCUUCAAAUACUUGGGUGGGAGGGGAAUACAACACUUUUUAAAUAACAUUGACACUUUUUUAAACAUUUAUUGUGAUGAAAUAACUUCACUUAGUGAGGAUCACUGUUGCAAUGUAUUAUUUCCUUCCAGCUUUUGUAAUCUUGGUGAUAUAUACUGUUCUACCAACUUCACUUUUUCCAAGUUCCUCAAGAAGUAUUGCAAAAUUGAGGUAAAAACUUAGUAUGCAUUUUCAGAUACUCUGGCUUUUGAGUUAAUUACCUGGAGUCAAAUUUACAGUUCAAAUUGGGAUUCCAAGACCACACCAAUAAACCUCUUUAUUUUGUAGUCAUUAGCUACACAAUGUGUGCUCUAAGAAUUGCCCCAUGUCAUUAAAACAAAACUGAACUAAUUGGAAAUGUUCCAGAGUCUUGUUGUUUGUUGGUUAGAAAUCUCAUACAAGGAGCAAAAAACCUUUUUGAGAUAUAGCUUUAGCACUUGAACAUUAGAAGGGAGUGUGUAUGGUCAUAGGAAGAGUUGAUUUCAGUAGCACUGUUAACUCCUGUCUGUGCUUUAAAGUGUAUGUAUCUUGGACAAUUACUGUGCAUUGGACCUUCUCUGAAAACUUGUCUGUCUCAUUUUAGAGGGUGGAGGUUCUUCCAGUGUGGUGCUUGUGUUUGUUCUAGGACGCAUCUUAAUGCUCCGUGGAGAGGGAAUUUGUUAGAUAAAUGGAUAGAGUUACAAGAAACAUUCCUUUAUUCUGACUGCUUUGCUUUGUUUCACCUCUGUUAGGAAAUGGUUUGAUUUCUCCUAUAUAUAUUUUUAUGAAAAAGUAUUUAAAAGCUACAACUUCUUAAAACUGAUUGUGCCCUUUGCUACAACUGGAAAAAUCUUAAUUUAAGAAUUUUUCCAUUAUCUGUAUUUUGUAAUUGUAUUUGAUGUGAAGCUUUGUCCAGUUAUUUUUCCAGUUUAAUAUGCAGUUAAUGUUUCCUGUGUACCCUUUUGUAACAGGUAUAAUUCAACCAAUUUCACUUGAGAAUGAGUUGGAGGUUUAAUUCAGUCUUAAGAAGAAGUUGCUAAAUCGGUCUUUCAAGUUAAGCCAAGUAUUGGACUGCUUAUUGAUUGAGAGGAGUAAUUGUGAGCAAUCAAGCUGAUAAAUAAAAUAGUUUUAAUUAAAAAACUGUUACUAUAGUUGAGUUUAUACCCAACAAAGUUAUAAAUCUGCCUUCUGUAUCUUCUACAGUUCGAUUGCUUACUAUACAGAAUAAAUGUUUCUAGUACAAAAUCUUCUCUGCAAAUAACUAUCCAUUCUUCAGUUGUUUAGAGCUAUUGAGAGUUAUUGCAGUAUAAUUUUUUCAAUGUUUUGGGCAAUUUCAGUCACAGUUCCCAUGUAUCUGCUUCACAGCUCCUGAAGUGGAGUUGGUCUUGCUUAGCUUGAGACCUCUGGGGCAGCGUGUGCUGCAGGAUGCCCAGUUGGCUUCUGUGGAAGUAGCUAUACUGUGUCUUUAGUUGAGGAAAUAAAACCCAGUUGACAAAACUGUGAAUAUGUCUGAUCUGACCAUGAAAUGGAAAAUCUGAACUCAAAUUUUGAGGGAAUUGCAGAUAUUAAAUACUAAAACCAUGUUUCAUGUGUGAUGUUUCUAUAAAGACCUUCACAGAUAUUAGUAUUGCAUGUGCCUUGCUCUCAAGUUGUACCUUAAGCCAAAAAGGGCAACUUUUUAAAGUUUCUGGUCUGGUACUUUGACUCUUAAGUCAGUUUGCUGGUGAUAUCUGGUUGUAUUGGGGCUGUGAAAAUCAUAAAGGGUGGAGGAACAAAUUCUGAAAGGAGCGUUUAAGGUACUUCUUAAAAUCUUUAAGACUUGUUGGAGUCUGAAGGUUGUAAUAGUUGUUUCCCUAAGGCAAAUGGUAUCUUGUAAACCUCAUUCUUUGUCACAGUAAUCUUGAAAUCUAAAAGUCAGGUUCACUUCCAAAAACUUGGAAAAGAGUAUAUUGCCUGUUAAUACUGACAUUACUUUUUGUCUCCUUUUGGCCUUAUGGAUGUUCUUGGCCUUUGGGCUUCUUGAAAAAACACUUUUGUUUCCACAAUGGCUUCCUCUUCAUCCUUGCCUUAUAGGAGUUGUUGCUUUCUUCCAAAUAAGAGAGUAAUUUCAGUUGUUCUAGAAUUUGGAUAGGGUGUCAGAAGCCAGGAUCUUCUGCCUCUUGUGUCAUAACUAAAAAUACGUAUUUAUCAUUCUGGCUGAGGCAAAAGCAGUAAUUUUUAUUUUUCUACCUUGGGGUGGAAACACCUGUGAAUUUAGAAGAUUUUGAGGCUCCUGUUUCUGGUUUGUUGUUACUUGUUUUGGCCUAAGAUUGUUGUUUGCCAGGAUAACUUCUUUUGAAUUGCUUAAAAUUGAUUUUCAAACGUUACUGCAUUUUGGCUCUUUGUCUGUAAUCUGGCAUUCAGUAAGCUGGAAGAAGAUUAGUUGUCUAAUCAUGUUUUCUUAAUUACGGAAUCAGGAAAAUUGGAAAUAGGAAUGUAAUAAUGAGCUCUUCAGUCAUUUACACGCCUAAUAAAAUAAUUUUUGCUUAGGCUGUAGUAAUUUAUCCUGGUCAAUUACCAGGUCUCACAAAGAAAAGGCUUUGUCUGUUUAGAUGGAUUUGAAAUGAGUAAUUGAUACAGACUGUGGAUAGGGUUUUGGGUUUUUUUUUUUUUUUCUUAAACUCCCUCCUCCCUGCCCCCUCUUGUCAGAACCUUUCAAGACUUACAACAGAUUAGUUCAAGACAUUGUUUUCCCCUCCCCAGAGUCUGUUUGGUUUAUGUGCCAGAAUCUAGUAUUUUACUGAGUAAUUAUGUGUAACUUCAAAGUACAAACAAGGAACACAGAGCAGCUGAAAUUAAUUUUCAGAGUUUUUGUUUUUAUCUGGACACUUUCUCCUCUUGACUAGUUGCAAAAAUUGAUUUCUCCUGUGUGAAUUAAUCAUGAAUGUGGCUCUUUGGAAAUACUGCUUGUCAGGUGAUCCUGUGCCCAAACUUAGGAAUGAUCAAUGGAUUUACCAUGCAGAGAAAAUGCAUAGGCUGUUUUUGCUGAUGUUAGAAUAUGCUGAAAGUAAAUUAAGUAUUUUGGAAUAAUGCAUUUAGAAAAUCAGUAGUUAUUGAUAAGCAUUUGAUGUUUUUUCUGAGUACGUGUUUCUUUGAAAAUUUUAGUUGUGUUUUUGGAGUUAUGCAACCCAGAAUUGUGAUAAGCAAUGUGGUGCUUUGGUACAAAUGGACUUCUGUAGAAGAGGUUAAUACAUAUCUGCAGCCUUCUUGCUCUUUGCAGAUUUCUGACUCACUGCACCUGAGGUGAUUUUGUUGAAGGCAAAACUGGAUAUUAAAGGGAAGGAAUCAUUUUCAUGGUCAUGCUAAGUUGGAAGUAAUGUAGGUCACUGCCAGAAUUGGGGUUCUUGCCCCUUGCUAUGUCUAGCACAAGCCUCUCUGGUUGCAUGGUGAGCUAGAUCAGGGAGGUAGUGCGGCUGAAAACUAGCUUGUUUGCUUAGUUGUUUUUCCACUGGAUUAGUUGCCCAAUACUAAUCCUGGAGGUAUACAAGUAUUUAUGUGUAAGCAAGAAGAAAAGAUACAGGGAAAAGGUGGAUCAAGCUCUACAGCAGCUAUCCCUUUCGACUGUGCAUUGGGUUGAAAGUUACUCUAGAUUACAGUAUGAGUUGGGAGAUCUCAUCAAAGGGCUUCCAGUCAUCUAUACCAGAAGGAAACUGGUCUCUCUGGUAGCUCCUACAUGCCAAACUGUGUAAGUGUUAGUGGAUUUUUGUCAGAUACUAUGCGGGAAGGGAAAACGCUCAAUGUGCUUUACUGAACUGAGAUACCUUUCUGGGAUUUCCAAGCAGUGUAAGAUGAUAUUGGUGGUGUAGAAAUAGCAACUCUGAAAAGGUAGUUCCCUUUGGAUUAAAAAAACAAGAUUACUUUUCUUAACAUCUGGGAAACUACAGCUUUUUUGCUUUUUGGGGGGGUGAUUUUUAUUUUUUUUUUUCUCCUCCACAUGAACCUUUUAUGUAUUGGAGUAGGUCUUCCAGAGGGCUUCACAAGAGUUGCACUGUCUGCCUAUCUAAGUAUGUGGAGGGGGGGGGUUGUUUGGUUUCUCUUAUUUUGUUUUCCUGUUUUCCAGCUGCUUCCUAGGUCAUGCUUGGGUUUGGUUCCAUUCGUGACUCAGCCCUUUGGGCCUGUGUUGUAGAAGAUGGAGAGAGGCAGCUUCAGUGGGCUCCCUGUGUGGUGUUGGUCACUGCAGUCCUAAUUGUUCUCUGGAAAAUUUCAGUAUUGAAGGGGCUUGAAUGGGUAGAAACAGUUGUGAUACUUGUAGCAUUUACACAUUGGUGAGAGCCUACAUACAGAGAUACUAUGUUCCAGGGGACUAUGGUUUAAUGCUUGGAGGCUGUAAUAAGAGUCAUCUUGUUACACAAAUACUUGGAUUCUCUCUUGUGCAGGGUAUAAGAAUGUCCUACAAAAUUAAGGUGUGGGGAAAAUGUAAGGAGAUCCUUUGAAAAGAAUAAGACUCUUCAAAGGACUGAUGUCAGUUAUCAUCUGUUCAUCAAAUUUUAAUUUCUUACAUUGUUAGUUGUGGAUUAUCUUUAGAGCAUUGGAUUAGCCCAUGCUUCUUGUUUUGGGUUUUUUCUUUAUAUGGUAAAUUGUUAUGGAUGUGUGGUGGGUAUCCACUCCUUUCACUGCUCCCUGAACUAGUCGGUUUAGGAUUUACUAAGCCUAGUUCUAUACACAUUAAGGAAUUUGGUGUGCUUUUCAUAACUAAAAUAAAAGCAGUGCCAGAAUGUUUCUGGAUCAGAUGUGCAAGAAGUAAGCACAUCAGUGUGUUGGCUGUCAUCAGAACGCAUUUAUUGGGAACUGAAACUCUUUAGGAUGAAUACAUUCUGAUACAACUUGUAUUGCAAUGUAGCAUUUGGAUAUAGCUCACAUGCAGCUAGCAAGUGCCUUUGUGGGUGAAACAGAACCACUGUUGGCAUCUACAGCUGUCAGUUCCCCUUCUGUGAACAAUGGGUGAGGAGUGCUGGGCUGCAGCUGCAGUAGGCUGCUUUCUGCCUUUUAGAGAAGUUCUUUUGAUGUUGACAAGACAAAAGGCAACAACUCUUAUUUUAGGUUUAAAAAAGAAAAUACUACCUAGGUUUGAAUCCAGUGCGCUUGCUCUUGAUCUCUCUGUAUGUGUCCUGUCACUUUUAUUUUAGGUUUCUGCAAACAGUUCAUUUUUAUCCAGCUCAAGCAUGGCAGAUCUGUGAUGUGAGUGCCAGAAAUGCCAACUCCUUUUUCUUCUUUUUGUGUUUGAAACUUUUUGCAGAAUCAGAGCAGCAAAAGUGUAGUUUUACGAUUUGACAGCUUCUCAGUAUUCAUUUUUUGUCCUUAUUGUGGUUAACAUUAAAGGUCAGGCAUUGUCAUGCAGCACAACACAGUUGGUACUUCUUCAUUCUACACACAAGAGUGUUAGGCAAUUUGAUAUACUGAAGUGAAAAAAAUAUUAGUAAGCUUGAACUGGUUUAGCAGAAAUUGGUGUUCCUGGAUGGUUUUUUGUUCUUCCUUAUUGCAGUUCACUGUUACUUUAGAUCUCUGAAUCUCUAGUCUGUAGUUUUGCUGUAUUCCACUUGACAAAUUAUGGUCUAGAACUGGAGCUUUUUGUUCUCCUUAUAUUGGUUAUAAAUGUUGAAGAAUGUAUCUUGCAUUGUAAUGAACAGAUGAAAGUUCAGCCCAUGGUGGUGAGAAUUCUGUAACAGGUUCAGAAUUUCAGCCUGUGAACUCCAGACUAGAAGCCAAGCCAAAACUAUCUUGUGUUCUCAUGCAGGUGAUUCCUCCUCUUUGUUUCUUGAUUAAUCAUUCUUUGUUUUGUUUAUCUAGAUUGUAAGUUCUUUGUGGCAAGGGUUGUCUUUUGUGCGUGCGUGUGUGUGCGUGUGUGUACCCAGGACAGUAAGGUCUGGAGCCCAGUCUGUGGAAGCUGUAAUAAACAAUCACCUUGUUAUUGUUUUCCUGGAUAUCAUAAUAAAGAGUAUCAAAUUAAAA